GUCCAUUUUGAAGUUUUGUAGAUUUUCAUUUUUCCGAAAAUCGAACGAAAUAUAGAACUUUUCCACUUUUAAUCAUCAUUAUCUUCGUGUUUAUUUUUCAAAUUGAAAACUAAAAAACAUUAAUCCAUUUUUCAAGUGCAAACAAAAAGUCUUAUGUAUUUUUUCUUAGGACAAUAGAUUUUUCUUUCAGUGCUGAAAAAGAAAAGAAAGGAAUCGCGAAAGUUUUGCAUCGCUAAGGGCGGACGUAGUGUGGUUACGAUUUACUAUUACAAAUGUUACCGAUUGUGUUCCGCUCUAUCUGCCGCACAGUUUGUAUCUCAAGCCGGUGGCCAAGUUGAGCUUGUCGGUGGCUCUGCCACCGAAUAAAAUGGGCAAGUCUAUAUCUAAUUUUGAUAUAAUGGACAAAUUAACGAAAGCCUUGGCACCAGAUAAAUUUCUUAUUCUGAAGGUGACAAAAAGCACCCUCGAAGUAAUAAGACUGGAAGCCGAAUUAGAAGAACCUAGUCGGUUGCCAAAUGCCUUGGCUCGUCUAGAUGGGAUGUCCUUUAAAGUAUCCGGUUUUAGUGAACCAUUUAGAGUGCGUACAAAAGAAUCAAAAGAUGAUUUUCCCAAUCGACACGAUUGGGAUAUAUUCUUUCGUGAUGCUCAUUACAUGGAUGAAAUGAAAGCUGGCGAACGACCCGACACAAUUCACUUUGCAAAUUUACCAAUUCGUUGGUUUUGUCCACGUCAUAGUGAAAAUGAUGAAAAUGUCAAGCCUAGCGAAAGCAUAUUCAAAAGAAUAUUUGAAAAGUUUGGUGUUGUUCGGGCAGUUGAUAUUCCAGUAUGUGAUGUUUUUCGACAAAAGAUGAGCUCGGAUGUCAAUGGAAUUCAGGUGCAUAAUUUUGAACAGGAUCUUCUUUUUGAAGGAUAUGUUCAAUUUGAAGAGUACAUUGGAUUUGUACGUGCAAUGGACGAAUUUAGAGGAAUGAAGCUUGUGCGCAAGUUUGUUGAUAAAACUCAAGCCAUCAAUUUAAUUGUUAAUUUCGAUAAAAAGAAACAUUUAAGCGAAGCUAGUAUAUUACGCCGUGAAAGGAUGAGAAAAAGUUUACUAGCUAAAGUUAAAUCAAGGGAAGAAGAAGAGGAAAAUAAGAGGAAGAAAGAACAGGAAAAAAUCGAGCGGGAAAGAAAAUUGGCAGAAGAAAUAAAACUCAAAGAGCUAGAACGCCAACGCGAACGAGAAGAGCAACGCAAACAGAAGCACUUGAAAAAACUCGAAGAAAAGGGUCAAAUAGAGUUAUCCCGCAAAAUUCGUCUUGAAGAGAAGAAAUUACUUAUUGUAAGGCGUAAAUUGGAAAGCAUUCGGGUGCUUGAAGCUCUUUUUGAAAGAUUGAAGUUGAAAAAUAUUCAAGAAAAAGGAAAGUCAGUAUCACAUUCAAGUGUUGAUUUACGUCAACGCUUGGUCGAUAAAUACAAGUCAGCAACUGAAAAACUCUUAGAAGAACAGAAGAGAAAAGUUGAAUCGGAAAAAAUCCAAACGGGAUUGUUGGGACUUUUGAAAGGUCGUAAGGGUGAUAAAGCAGAAAAUGGUUCAGGUGCCAAUGGGAAUUCGAAAGAAGAUGGUAAAAAACGACGAAAAUCAGAGCGAGCUUCUUCGGAAUCAUCAUCAUCUUCUUCAGAGGAUGAAAAUAAGAAAAAGCAAAUUACAAAUCCAUUUAAAGAUGCCUAUACUCCUGAGGCGGCAGCUGAAUUAAUGAAGAUGAGCAUGCUCUCAUAUGGUAUGUUUCCAGGAAUGCCAGUAUAUCGUCCUUCUUUUCCACCGGCUCACGGAAUGCGUGGAUAUAUGCCUCGAGCUGAACUAAUGAAAAUGAAUAUGCUCUCGGGUGGUAUGUUUCCAGGAAUGCCUAUGUAUCGUCCUUCUUACCCAACGCCUCAUGGGAUGCGUGGAUAUAUGCCUCGAGGUAGAGGUGGUGGUAUGAGAGGUCGAAGGGGUGGCUACAAUUACCAUGGAUCGUCUAGAUCUUAUUCAAGGUCUCGAUCAAGAAAACGAACAAGAUCCCGAUCGAGAAGCCGAUCUCGAUCACAUUCAAGAUCAAGGACAAGAUCUCGCCAUCGUCGUUAUUCUCGCUCCAGACGAUCGAGACAUCGUUCAGAUAGUCGAUCUCGAUCUCGUUCACGUUCUAGAUCCAGAUCUCGGUCACGAUCUCGAAGUCAUCGCAGUCGUACCAGGGAACGCUCAAAUACACGUUCAUUAUCAAAAACCAAGGAGCAUCGUUCUCGCAACAAAUCAAGAUCUCCCCCAAACUCUAAAUCAUACUCGCAUCGAUCGAGAUCAGUAUCAAAAGAGAAAUCAAGUCGUAAUCGUUCUCAUUCAAAUUCGAGGAAUCAUCGUUCACGAUCCAGAAGUCGAUCGAAAUCUAAUGCACGUUCAAAACGUUCAAGAACACUGUCGAAGACAAAAGAAACAACUUCCAGCCAUCAAAGAUCCCAAUCAAAAACGAAAACAGACCCACAACGAACAAGUUCCAGGGAUCGAGCCCAUUCAAAACCCAGAUCUGAAUCAAAAUCUAAAAAGAGAUCAGGAUCUAAAUCAAAGAAGAAAUCCAAGAAAAGGUCACAUCAUGAUGAACAUAAAUCAAAGUCAUCAAAAGCAAAAUCUAGAUCACGUUCUUCGUCGAAACAUAAAUCAGAUUCUAAAAAGAGUCCAAAAGAACUUGUAUCAACUCGCAGAUCGCAUUCGCCAACAUCUUGGUCUAAGUCCCCUUCAGAACCGAGACGAUCUUGGUCAGCAGGAGAAGAACCAUAAAUUCAUCAUUAAAAAAAAUAUCCCUCAAAAAUGAAUAUGAAAAAAAAAACAUCCCGAUUAAAAAUUACAUUUAAUAAUAGUUUUAAUAAAAUUAAAAACAGUGUUUGUAACAUGUUUAAACAAAACUAUUCAAAUUUGUUUGCUGUUUAAAUAAAAAAAUAUUUACA